UGUAACGGACUUGAAUAUCCACUAUCAUACAGGAACCAAUCAUCCAUGAUGACAACCUGAAGUUUCUUGAAGUGACAAUCCAAGCUGCCGGAAAGGAGGAAAUGGAGUUGGGCAACAGACCUUUUAUCGAGGUAGACGGAGUGAGGUACGAUGAUCGUUACCGAGGCUUUAGGAUCAUCGCCGUUGACGCUAUGAAUGGUUCGGUGACGCAUCAAAUGACGUUCGACACGCACGGCCAACCAGAGGCUGAUGCCGUUAUGGCAGCAUUCAUACGAAGCGACAUCCCAAACAACUCCAUCGUCCUUGUUGCCACACGUGACUCAUCCAGUCGGUAUGCCAAUGAGUGUCUGACCGCUUUAAAGGAGAUCGGAGCUCAGGAACCUGUUCAGACAGAAUAUAGAGGCAAUUUCGCCAUGGUUGGUUUCAAGGGCACUGUUUGGCCGACCUGGAUCCAACAAGUCAACCUGCCGUCUACUCAGGGACUAGCGCAGAUCUACACCAAGAUCCCGCUCAUGGCCUGAGUUCAGCAAGAAGAAGAAGAAAUACUCCCCUAUGUAUUAAAUAAAGGAAUUCAUGGAGAGUUCAAAGUACAGGGCAUUUUUCUCUUCUCAGCGGUUGGCUUGUUUGAUCUAUCUAUUGACUUAAAGGUCUUGACUUGGCGGAUUUACAUUUUAGGUAAACAUUUAGACACUAGCUCUUCAUACAUGUGUCUCAGGUGUCGUUUCAAAUUUCUACUCCGUUAGAUUUCUG